ACCAUAGCGGCGCCACGCGCUCACUCGCAAAAAGAACCAAUAAUAACAGUUCCAAUAACCGCUUCCGGUUUUAAAUACUAGGUGUUUUAAAUUUCAAUAAAUUCUUCGAAAGAAAGUUGUGGUGGCCAGUGUGAAUUUGUUUUUUUUUUAUUCACUUUUUAAUGAGGACUGAAGCAGACCACCGCUCGGAAUCCUGAAGUGCCUUGAAAAACAUAAAAUGAACGUACUGUGGUGCUCUUUGGCGGUGCUGUCAGUGCUAUCCGGGACGCAUGGUCACGGGCGGCUAAUCGAGCCGCCAUCGCGGGCCUCGGCGUGGCGCUUCGGGUUCGACACCCCCCACAACUACAACGACCACGAGCUCUACUGCGGCGGCUUCUCCCGCCAGUGGAACAAGAACGACGGCAAGUGUGGCGUCUGCGGCGACGCCUGGGACGCGCCACAACCCCGCCCCCACGAACUCGGAGGCCGCUUCGGCAAAGGCGUCAUCGUACGACGAUACGCCCCCAAAGACGCCGUCACUAUCAAAGUAGACCUAACCGCUAACCACAACGGAUACUUCGAAUUCAGAGUAUGCGAUGAACCAAAAGGCACUACUCAGGAAUGUCUCGACAAACACGUGCUGAAGGUCGACGGACGAGAUGGGACGAAGUUCUAUCCCAGAGACGGGAAUAAGAUAUACGAAAUGAAAUACAGGUUGCCUGACGACUUUGAAUGUGCGCAUUGUGUGUUGCAAUGGAGGUAUAUAGCUGGAAACAAUUGGGGAACUUGUGAGAACGGGACGGGGGCGGUGGGGUGCGGACCGCAGGAGGAGUUCAGGGCUUGUGCUGACAUAGCCAUUGGGGAGAAGUUCGCGACCACGACGAGACGGCCGAGACCGACGUACGUGCCUCCGGGCAGACGGCCCACCGUACCCACUCCGGAGGAGAGCUCUGGAAGCUCCUGGUACGGCCUGGUCAUCGCUAUCGUUGCGUUGCUCGUCGCUGUCGCUGUGCUCGCAGGUAUCUACCUGUACUACUACAGGGGAGGCAUGCGCAUCAAGAGCCUGCUCAAGUCAAAAACUGCCCCGCCCGCCCCCGUCCCGCCGCCGAGACACAAAAGAGCAUCCCUGUCAAGAGAAAUGCCUCCAGAAUUAACCCCCUCGAAGGGCAUUCCCGAAUCGGGCUUCGAGACUGUAGACUUAAGAGCCAAAUGAUUCUGUUAGGUUAGUAAAUAAAGAACGCCGAACUAAAUGUUACUUUUCACAGAACUGAAGAUAAGUUAGCUCUUGAAAAGAUCUGUUGAAAGUUUUAUUAGCCGUAAAAGAUUUUUUGUAGAGGUGAAUGAACCUGGAAUGAUUUUCUGUAAGCCAAACUUUUGUCCUGAUAUUUGUGUUCACAAAAUGGCGUCCUAUGUUUUUUUGGUUCUCCUAUCGACUACCACUGCCGUAACUAGUGAUAUUUUGAGUGUGUGAAUGUAAGCCAGUGUUCUAAUUCGAUCUGAAUUUAAAAAUAUAAUUAUUUUUAAGUAAGCUUAAGUAUAAGACCUUUGUAAAUUAUAU